AUGCGCGAAGGCCAAGUGAAAUUGAUCUCCAAGAUCUUCCAGGAAAUGCUGCCUCUGACAGGAAGUGACAACUUCGCGACCUGGAAACGUCUCAUAACCUCCUACCUCAAAGCAAGGCAGGUAUGGGAUGUAGUGUCGGGCGACCUUCAACGUCCAGACUGCCUGUUCAAGGCGGUGAGGCAGCGAGCUAUUGACGUGCGCCUCGAGGUGGAGAUCCAAGCGUUCGAGCGCCAUCGUGAAUGGUCGCGCCGCGAGGCCGAGGCCUACCACACCAUCUUCCGGUACCUAUCCCCCAAUAUCAGUAUGCACGUCGUGGGAUUGGAGACAUCCCGCGACCUGUGGAAUGAACUCGAAGAACGGUACCGACGCAUGGAGCUCGCCACAUUUUGCGAGCUGUUCGCCCAGCUUCGUGAAACGACUGGUGACUCUUGCGCCAGCGCGCGUGAAUUUGUAGAUCGCGUACGAAUGCUGGUGCAUCGACUGAAUGCCAUCGCGCCUGGAUCAAUUGGCGAUAGGGCACAUAUUGCGAUGCUGUUGACACAGAUCGGACCUGAAUAUAUCCUGAUCGUGGACGGCAUACAAAAUGACAAAGACCCAGUCAAUUCAACCACCAUCGGAAACCGUCUGGCCAAUGCCGAAACAGACGGUACGGAGAAAGGUCUCUCCCACGCCACCGCAAGGGGCAACGGGACUAUCUGUCAAUACAGUCCAAGCUAA